GUCCCAUCAAGAUUGAGCCAGCGCUUGCGACAAAUACAUUCUCUCCUUCAUUGACGUAGCUCACGCAUCUGUCUGGGCUCGCCAUAUCGGCUAAUCGGCAGCGCUGCAGCCCUAGCAAGAAGGAUAAAUACUGUCUUGAUGUGCUGAAGCCUGCGUUAGAUUGGACAACGGACGACAUCCUACCCUUGGCUGUUCCAAAUAUCCCGCGUUCUUGUGCGCGUCGAACAUUGUAUCAUCGUCGCUCAUCGCAUCAUCGCACCCACCACAAACUUGCACUGCGCUCCUGGGAGCUCCUCUGUACGCUGACAAAGAUGGCAACGGCCACUGCUGAACCUGCGACGAAUGGGGCCGUGACACCACCAGUUGGGGAUGACACCAGCACGGCUAACUCGGGCACAAAGCGCAAACGAGAGGAUAGCGAGCCAGCACCACUAACCGUUGGCGCUGUUCCGGAUGUUGCGCGUGAGUCGAAGCCGGAAGAAAGCAGCCCCGAGCUGCGGGAGUCAUUGAAGGACAUGCUGAAGGUGUUGAGAAUGCACGAUACCACGCCCUCGAUCUUAACAUGUUCUCUGUUCAAGGACGGAGACGAAAGUACAUCGGAACCGUCAGUCAAACGCGCGAAACUAUCAGAAAUUCCUCGCACAAUCUCUGGUCGGAUAGAAGGCAAUGUUUACAACAGUUUUGACGCUUUGAUCGCAGACGUUGAAGCUGCUAGCGAAAUUCUUCUGGCGCCUCUCAGGGCAAAAGAACUGUCACUCCCACAGACACAGUACGGGCGUCCGUCCGCAUUGACACCUGAUGAGACUCGACUGUGGAUUGGCACAACGUCUUUCCAAAAACUCCUCCGCAACAUAAUACAAGCUGAAAAGGAACGGCACAAGUUGGUCAAGGGCGGAAAAGUAUUGUCGAAGACGGAAGAUAGUGUACAUCUGUCUUCGGAUGCUCGAGUAAAGUCAGAAGAAGAGGAUACGAAUGUGGUUAGCGAAGGAAAGCCCGUGCUAACACUUUUUGCGAAUGCUCCUGUUCCGAAACAACUGUUUUCAAGUUUCCAGCAUGCCACUCCUGGACAGAUCGACGAUGGCAUACCACCACUGCGCGAGUCUGGUCUCCCCGGUUUCAUCAGCACUACGAAUAUCCCUCCAGUGCAGACCGACAACUUGGGCAGGAGGAAAAAGGGAACAACGAUCGGAGAUUUGUUUUCAUCAACAGCUGACAAGUAUAAAUUGCAGCCUCCUAAACCACCAAAAAGCAAGCUAGUAACCACAGGAAACACUGUGGAAUUUGUGCGCGUGGAUGGCCCUACGCGACCUCCUCGUCGCAAUAGUUACAACUAUUUCACGGACAAGUUGGCAGUGGGUCAAUGGCUUGGCUAUGGUGGUUUGGAUAUGCCUCAAGAACCAACGUCGCCACAAGCAAAAAGAAGACAGCGCGAUAGAGCAUUGAGUACCGGUGAGGCGUUUCUACCACCAUCCGAAGGCGAGAAAGAAGCUUUGCGCAAGGCAAGGAAUGAUGCUUUGUUCCGCAAAGUGUACGGAAGCUUUGCCCCGAGCUAUGACGACUCUUCGGCGGUUGUACCGAAGGAUGUUCGCAAUGAGAUCUGGAUUGACAAAGUGGAGGAACGAUUAGCUCAAAGGACACUGGUCAUUGAUCCAGCCUUGCUUGAAGAACCUCCUGAACCGACCCCAGAAGAGAAGAAAAUAGAAAUGGAGGAACUCAAAGAAUUCGUCGAUAACUUUGAUCCUAAGAUUUUGGAGUGGGAUGCGGAGCAAACUAAAUCGGAGAAGGAAAUGGAUGAACUACUUCAGGAAGUUUCCGACCUCCUCGAAACGCUGGCAUCAUUCCAGCGGAUACGGAACACGUCGUUGAGCACGAGCGCUCGCACCACUGUUGGGCAAAACAACCCAGUCACGGAUCUCAUGGGCACACCUACAACGCCAUCAUCCGCUGAGCUGGAGGUAUACAAAACUCUCAAACUUCAGCUGGCUGUGCUUAUCAACCAGCUACCGCCUUAUGUCGUGGCUCGUCUCAAUGGAGAUCGACUCGAGGAAUUGAAUAUCAAGACAUCGAUUCCGAUCGAGACGGAGGAUGCUCGGGGCGUCAUGGCAGAGGAUGAAGCCACCCGUGCUGCGAAGAUGCAGGCUUACGCAGCUGCUGCAGGUUCACAGUCACAGGCGGGACGAACCCCUACUAACAGCUAUGCAAAUUAUCCAGCGACUGCAAACCAAUACAGUCGUACGCCAGUACCACAGCAAUUGCGGCCAAGCGGUUCAAGCAACUACUAUACACCACAGGCGCAGGGUCAAUCGCGGCCAGCUCCCAUCCAGUACAACAGAUCCUCGUCCAGCAUGCCUACGUAUAAUUCAAACUACUCACAGCCCGCGAAUCGAAGCUCGUUCUCGCAGAAUUACAAUCAAAGCACCCCCCGUCCUGGGAGUUAUCAAGCACCAGGAAAUCAACAUUUUCCUCAGAUGCAGAACACUCCAGCAAAUAAGCCGAGCUACAAUCCGGCCCCUUACAGUACACCACAGCCGCAACGUACUGCCUAUCAGCAGACACCGACAACAUCAUUCCAGCAACGUCCUCAAGGGACGGCACCAAUGUACAGCGGCUACAUGCAAACGCAAUCGCCUCACGCUCGAACUAACUCACCGCAAGUCCCGCCUCAAGGGCAGUACAAUCAACCACGUCAAGGAUACUCAACGCCGGCGCCUGCGGCAUCGAAUCCAAGCUACUAUCGCCCGCCCAGUGCAGCUGGUGUCCCCCAACAACAGCCGUUUGCAACAGGUGGUGCUUAUCAAGGUCAACCGAGGAUGCAGCCGACUUCAAACAGUGCGACACUCACUCCAAGUCGCCAAAAUUCAGGAACUCCGCAACCGACGCAAACUGUAUAUAAUCAGACAAAUGGGUCGACACCAGCAGCAGCAGUAGCACAACCACCGGCUAUGUUGAGCCAGCCGUCUUCCACAUCCUAAGUGCGAUGUGGUUGAAGGGGGAGGACAAAGCUCCUUUUUUUAGAUUUUAGGAGUUGAGUUUCUACAAGCAUGAAGGCAUGUACUCUGCCACAUUUUACCGUCCAUUUUUACGCUACCUCUCUUUGUCGCCAAACAGCUUGCAGACACUGUUCGAAACCGUCACCACGGAACAAGAUCGUUUAGUCUUUGUAAUGCUUAAACCAGCAUCAGGGUUAGAUGAGUAACACAUAUGAUCGCGGAGCCAGGUAAAUGGAGACCCGGGAAUUAGGAUGUUUUGAGGAGAGUAACAGGGCCCCACUGGGGGCUAAACUUGGGAUAGGAACUCGUUUAUGGAAAGAGAGGGUGGACGGAGACCAAAGUUGGCGAGGAAGUUGCUGCGUAAUAUUAAGAUGGGCAAGACUGGCUGAAAUGGAAAACGAUUUCCAAUGGCUCUAGAAACCGUGUUAGCAACGGUCAUUUAGAUUUCUCUUUAACGAUUGUGUGUGAUUGAGCAGAA